AAAAGGGGAGCUACUUAAUUAUAGUUUUUUAAUUUAGUAUUCCGAAUGUAACUCGUUAAGGGGACCUAGUAGGUGCGUUUACUACAACUCAUCAUAUUUAAUAAGCAACUCCAGACGUUACGCUCUGUUUGCGUUGAGGGUAAAACACGCCACUGUUAUGUGAUUUCACAGAUAAGGCGAGACUCGAGACUGUUUCAAGCCCACUAUUAAGCGUGUUAUCGGCUAUUGCAGCUGUCAGGAAAAUGCAGCAAAUAGAUCUACGUUACGUGCACCACAAGGUUUUGUUACCAUACGUCGCGACACUGGGGUACAGAGACUGGUGUCUACUAGGACUAGUUUGAGAAAAUCAAUCAACUGGAUUUCUAGAUGAAAAAGAACCCCAGUUUCUUCUAUUUAGAAGGGCUUCUGUUUCCAUGACGACAGAUUUUACACCCCUAUAUUAUGUUUAAAGAUGGAAGACUCGCCUUCUUUUAUCGAUGUAACAACGUGCAACCUAUGUUCCUCUAUUGACGGUGAUCAGAUACUGUUCUUGUGUGGCCACACCCACUGCAGAGCCUGUGUUACCAAGUCUUCCGAAACCACAGAGGGGGCCGAGGUCGCGAUAUGUCCCACAUGCAAACUACCAACCUGCCUUUCUGUCAGUGUUACUGGGUCCAAGAACGAUUUGUCCUCAGACGCCGGUAAAUCGUGUUCCGUCUGCAUUCUAAAGGGAGAAGUCAGUCCAUGUUCAUACAGAUGUUUAGACUGUUUCGAUUUGCUGUGCAGUGUUUGUUCCACGGGACAUUCUGCUUCCAGCUCCACGGUCUCGCAUAGAAUCGUACCUCUUGACAACCCGUCCCCAGUAACGAGUGGCACAGAACUGGUCGUAUUUCGGAAGACGGUGUGUGAGAAACACAAUGGACGAGAAAUGUCACUUUACUGCAAGUCCUGCAAACUCUUACUAUGCAUGCAAUGUGCCUUGUUCGAUCACACCGAUCACGACCGGUGUACACUCAAGGAAGCCUCAGAAAUAGCUAAAGAAAGUAUACAUUCCAUCAUAGAAGAGAGGACUGUUCGACUUUCAGAUUUAGAACUGGAGAGAAACAGGGCUUUGGACGCAAUAAAACGACUGGAGAUGUCAGAAUGUAACCUAAUCGAGAAGGUGUUUGCAGAAAGCGACGCCAUUAUUCAACAGGUCGUGGCAGAGAGGCAGACGAUCGCCGAGACGGUGAGCAGUGUGUUUGCCAACCACAAGGAAGAGCUGGCGAUAGCCUCCGAGAUCAUCAAGACUUGUAUUAAACUCGCCAGAGACACGCUAAUCACGUGCUCGAACGCGCUGUGUGCAGACGAUAGCGAUCUCGUGCUGCUGUGCAGUACUCUACAGGACGGCCUGGAGGGCGUCCACAACACGGAAGAGUCCAUGUUUCGCGUGUGUGAGUCGCACGAGGCACCAGCCGUACAGGUAAGCGUACAGACACCACACUGGCCUAUAUUCACCCUACAGACAACAGUGGAAUCUACCACCAGUGAUACUACGGUCACAGAAGUAUGCGAAACGAUAUCGUCUGCAAAUUACAUGUUGCUCAAGAACGAUAACACUACUGCUAGUUAUCCUGCCAACAUUGAUAAUAUUAAUACACAUGUAUAUGAAAAAGAAACACAAGAAGCGUUCAACAUUGAUAAUAUUAAUACAGCUGCAUAUGGCAAGGAAACACAAGAAGUGUUCAACAUUGAUGAUAAUGCACAAAAUACAGAAGCAUACUCGUUGGCAGUAACAAGUGAUCAAAUUGGAUCAUGCGUGAACAUUUCAGAUUCGAAACUAGAUUCCACUGACGUCAGAGAAGAAAUAGACCUGGACGAUGUUUGCGAUGACCCUAUAAAACCUGACAAUAAUGUGAUGGCCUCUGUCAAGAAAACCAAAAGUUCACAACCUGAAACAGUUCCUUCUGAGGACGCGAGCGAUCUGGAUGAUGCUUCUAAUAACCAGAGCAGAAAGAAAAUAUAUGUUCCCAAAGGCUUUUAUACGCUCAACAAACAGGCACAGAUGAACGCAGACCUUCAAAAACGCCACAGUUCUUCAAACAACGAGGUUAAUGGAAGUGACACAGAUAUUUCUGAGUCAUCGUUAAACGUUUAUAAUGAGGCGAAUGUAUCUACUCAGAUAACCAAAUAUACCAUGGGGGGCGAUAUGGGAAAAGACACAAAGAUGAAUGAUGUUGUCGGACAUCUUCAUCCACAAAAAGAAAAUACCGAAGAUGAUGCAGAUGCCUGGGCUCGCCCUCAGGCAGGAUUCAAUAAAAGAACAAGUUGUAACACGAUCGUGGACGUCUAUUCAUCCGUACCUUCGACAUACAGCGACAUGGUUAAAAAGAGAAAGAGACCAGUGAACGUACCAGUGAAUCGUCCAGUCCAGGUGUCCCUGUCUUUACACCACACAUUUGAUACAGCCGUCAAGAGAGACAGCCAGGACGUAGAAAUUAAAGGUUUGUGUUUUUACGACUCUGACAGAAUUCUCGUUUCAGACAGAGGAAAUGGGAAGCUAAAGAACCUGUUGAAAGAUGGGAAACAGCCGCAUAAUCGUCAGUUUGAUGCCAGUAUCAUGCCUGAAAGAAUUGCAGCUACCCAUGGCAGUAUUGCGUGUAUCAGUCAGAAUAUUUUGUAUAUCAUUACCAAGGAUAUAGAUAUAAUUUCCAAAAUUGUACUCAGUAACACACCUCCAGACGAAGACGUCGUAUUUUCCUUCUGUCUCACUACUUUAAAAGACAAGUUUGUUGUCGGAAAUCUACCAGGGAACAAACUGAAAGCAUUUCGCUCGACGUCCGGAAAUCUAACAUCUGAGUGGGACUGCCCAGUGAAAGCCCCAAUCGUGGCCAUGUGUGCUAAUGGUAAAGGAGAAUUGCUGGUCUGCUCGUGGAGAGGACGUGGCUGCAUCCACGUGGUCGACGUCGCGGGUAAAGAACUUCAAAAAUUCACGCACUCGGGACUAAAGAAUUCCAAAGAGCGCUGGAAACCAAACGACGUGUGUUCGGACCUGCGUGGGUUCGUGUUCGCUGCCGAUUACACGAGGAAUGAGAUCGACGUGUUCAGUCCACGCGGGGACCUCGUCCUGGUGCACAAUACAACGUCUGACGGUCUGCAGCGACCACAUCGCAUCAUCGUCGACGUCGACUACAGGCUAUACGUGUCGGGGGACGGAAGCCGCAUUGUUGUGUACAAUACACAACUCGUUUAGGCAAUCUACAACUCGUUUAGGCAAUCUACAACUCGUUUAAUCAUUAUUUGCUGAUUAGGUAAUCUACAUCACUUUUCUUAUCAGUAUCACGUCUACAGAUUUAUUACUCACAGUAUAUACAACAUCAAUAUUUAUUACACUCUCACGUAUAAUAUGUGAAAGAUUCUUUAUGAAAUGUGUAUACUAUUUAUGUGAAGUAGAACCGAAUUUACAAAUCCUUUUUAUGUCAUACACGUGUAUAACAUAAUACAUUUACAAUACUUAAAUACUUGCGUUUAAGAAAAGCGCUUCGUAAAUUCGACCCAAAAUAUUUUAAGGUAUUAUAAAUGUAAUUAUUUGACAGAAUGUGCUACAAGUAAGUUCAAUAACGAACAGCCGCCAAAGGACUAAGAAACUGAAAAACAAAGUAGGACGGCAGGAUACAGAAAACAGUAUUUACCUCAUAUACUUUUAAUAAUGUUGGAAUAAGGUAUUAACGCAGACGAUAACAAAUUUAGUGGUGCUAUAUCAUAGAUACAGCUACCGUAUUUCGCUAAAAAAAAUACAUUUAUUUGUAAAACAUUAAUUACAAAUUAAGCGACCCCACAAAACAAUCGAAAUUGCAAUGUAGUCUACUUCCUUGACGUCUAAAAAUAUAGUUCCGUUUAGCUACCAAGUAUCAAUAAAUUCCUGUCUUAUGACGUCGUAACAAAUCGUCAGCAGACAGACAUGUCCGUUGGGCACGUAUUGCACAAAGACCGCAAACCUGUCAGAAAAAUGCCUGGCACAACAUAACAGUGUCCGGUUCAACUGAACACACCAAACGGGCGAACGUCACCAACUAUCUCCCAUAGAUGGUGCUGAUGAUUAGGUUCAGCUGAACUCCACUCCGGUUUUCGUUGAUUUUACUUACCGACCUCGGUGGCGCAGUUCUUGAGGGCUCAAUGGGUAGGUAGGUGUAAGGCCACUACGCCCUCUUCUCUCUCACUAACCAACAAACAACUAACGACUAAUCCACUAUCCUGGCUCUUAAUUCGAUAAAAGCAAGUUGAAAUGAAAUGAAUGAAAUGUUUUUACUUUAUCAGUAUUUAGCGGCAAUCGCCGACUACAAAUAAGCUCAAACCCAGUGGUGCAUUGUAAUAUGAACAUAUACCCCACAUAUUAACGGACCCCACAAAAUUAACUAUAGUCCGUCCCAUCAUGCUAUGAAAUUUAAAACUUUUUUGUAAAUAAUUUUAGUUUGGUUUGACAUAAGACGAAAAGUAAGUGUUUUGAAAAUAACAUAAAAGUACUACUUUUAUGUGCCAUUUACAAAUCAAUUGGCUCAGAAAUAAAUAAGUUGUAGUAAAUUCCAUACUAUGAAAAAGGCAUUCUCUGUGGGACGGAGUAUAGAUGUUUUAUGUAGGGUUUUUUGUUGUUGUUGUUUUUGUUUAAAACAAACAAACAAAAUAGAAGCGAUAUCAUAUGUAUGAGUUUAUUAUUAUUGUAGAGAUAUGCAGGGAAAUGACAUGAGUAGCCUAUACUCCCAAAACGUUUGCAGGUAUUUUCUAGAGGAUGCCAUUAUGUAUCAAAUUACAAAAUAUGAUGAAUUCAUGUCGUACUUAUGUAUUUGUUUGUAUUAUAAUUGUCGGACUGUUACGUGAGUCAGUAUUUUUAUGUGUAACAUCAAGAGGUAUUUGCAUAUCAAAAUAUAUUAUUAAAAUGCCACUCUUUUGAUUUCAUAAUAAACUCCCUGGUAUCAUUGCCUAAGGGCUAUUGGGAUAAUACAAUAAGGGUCAACUGAAUAAGAUAAUAAGCAGUGUGCGAUUUUGAGGAGUCCAGGAGCCCGAGGCUCGCAAAAAUCAUAUAGGAACGAUUAGCUAGCAUACGAGCCCGCAUGGCUAGUAAAAAUUAUUUGUACAAAUUUUACUGGUUCUUCGAAAUGACACAGUCAACAUAUAUCUCAAAAUCCUGGAAAACCAGUUUUGAAUAGCGAUCUUUUCCACAAUUCCAUGCAAAACAUUUAGUGUAUCUUCUGUUCUACUGGCGACAAACGACAGGGCUCGCUGGUUUGGUGGCGGGCUCUAAAGAUUUACAAACACGGAGACCUUGUGACAUUUAAAAAUUUUCAAACCAAAAUCACACACUGAUAAAGGUCAACUGGAUACGUCAAUGAGGGCCAACUGAAUACGGCAAUAAAGAUUAACUGAAUACGGCAAUAAGGAUUAACUGAAGAAGGCAGUAAGGGUCAACUGAAUAAGACAAUAACGAUUAAAUGAAUAAGGCAUAGGCGUCGGAAGAUGGCAGCAAGAUCAUAUGCGAGAUCAUAUUGUGUUCCCCAGUUUCAGAGUUGGGGGGCCAAUGCCUCCCCCAACCUCCCCCCAUUUCCGACGGCUAUGUAAAGCAAUAAGACUCAACUGAAUAAGGCAAUAAGGAUCUGCCAAAUAGUGAUGCGAAUCAACUAGACUACGCCAACUUUCAACAAAGGGGUCCAACUGCAGGAAAGUGUCCUAUUCAGUUAGUCAUCUUCUAAAGAUUAUCUAGUAAAUUAAAUUAUUUGGCUGUGACAUUUUAUAGGCAUAUAAUGGACGUUUUAAGGUUUGCACUACAAAGCAAAAGCUGAUAAUUAAUUUUGGAAGAAAAUGGCCAAUAGGCAACUUUGAGAUAUCACUUUUAAUAUUAUUAUUUAUAAUUAUUUACCCCGUCCAGCAAAAAACUGUUCUGUAUAUUCGAAGACAUACAAUUACUUUAGAUCUUUCUGAUUGUAGUGUUUUUCCUUGCAAAAAAACCCCACAACCAACCCCCCCCCCCCCCCCCCCCCCCCCCAAAAAAAAAAAAACACACAAAAAACCCAAAAAACCCCAAAACUGAUCGCAUAUUCAUACCGGAAUUGAAAUUAAAAGUAACUUUCUGUCAAUUGCCUGCACUAGUAUAAUUGAAUCUGUUAUUGUCUGUGAGGUAUAGGUGAAUAUUUACCAAUUGGACAAGAAUAAACAUACAUUAGUUCACAAA